AUGUCCAAGUCGAAAGAGGCACCAAAGGCUGCUAAGCCAGGCUUCCAUCCAAUGGCCACUUUAGGGACGUGGCUAUCGCGUCUGAGCAUUGAGGAUGCUGAAAAUGCCUCGCCUCCGAAUCUGACCUGGUAUUUCUCACGUCGGCGGCGAAGACGUCCGACGAUCCAGGGCCAGUCUUAUCGUUUUCCUUCUCCAUCGAUCCGAAGCCCGACAGCCGCCUCUUCAUCUAUAGAUCUGGAGUGCGAGUUUUCGCGAGCUGAGCUUUUCGGAAAGACAUCCGCUGCUGAAGGGCGAAAUGUGCCUCGGUUUCCGGAUGACGAACUGAGCCAGGCAGAAAUCGCAGAAACUCUUACCCGUGGCACUAAUACUUCAUUGCUACUGGCUUGCCCCUAUCUGAAGUACGAUCCUGCGAAGUAUGGUCAACGAAAGAGCUGCAGAGGAGCGGCGUUUUCUAAGACGCACCGGUUGAAGGAGCACCUGCACAGGAUUCACCGGCAAACCCCCAAUUGCCCACGUUGCCACCGUACUUUCAAAGCAGAGGCCGAAGUCGCAAGCCACCUGAAAGCGUCAUCACUUUGUGAGGUCAUCGAAGGCGAGGGUCUUACUGAGGGUUUCGAUGCCGUUCAGGAGAGGCUUCUUAGGAGCAAAAGACGCAGAGCAGGAGUCAAGACGGAAGUGGACAAGUGGAGGGAGAUUUUUAGGAUUCUCUUCCCCAAUCAUAAAGAUGUACCGGAUCCUUUCUACAGGAUACCUUUCGAUGAACAAGAUACAACAAUGGAGACACCGACAAAGGAACAAGGCGACACCGAAAGCAUCUUCAUGCAAGCUAUCCCAUCGGACGUAGAAAAUGGAACCUACUCGGAGAUGGAGGAAGCUAUCGGACAGCGCUUGGACGACUCGAAGCGGUGGAAGCUGCUAGAUGUGUUCAAGGGUUUCGCCGUCAAGAUGAUCCUCCAGCCCGCGCCGAAGAAGACCAUAAAAAGAAACGCCAACCUUGUCUCAAAGUAUAGUGGCGCUAGAGAGAUCAGUCAGACUCGCCGUCAACUCAAGAUCCAGAGCGAGAAGCAGCCACUCGAGAAGGCAGGCGGGAGGCUGGACGUGGAGUUGGACGAAGUCGACGCGAUGUCGUCAGCAACCCAGACUAUCAUACAGCCGACGGAGCGGGUCACAAGUCUAGGGGUUUGGCCAGGAGACGGAGGAGCUGAGGAGCGCUCCGUCUUUCCGGACUCGGAAAGUCUACAUGUAGACUUCAGCAACAACAUCAACAACAUGAUGUACUGGCCAACGUGGGAAGCGGCUUUUCCCCGUGUUAUCGGGGAUGCGUGGUUGGAUGACUUAUUGGAUGACGGUAGUACUCUUCCAGGACUUUUUGCCGAAGAACCAGGCGCGGCAUUGGGGACAUUGCCUGCGACUACUUUUGAGGGAGUCGAUCCUAUUCCCAGGUAG